AUGGGUUCAACUGGUGAGACUCAGAUGACCCUAACCCAAGUAUCAGAUGGAGAACCCAACCUCUUUUCCAUGCAGUUAGCCAGCGCAUCUGUUCUACUCAUGGAUGCCACCACUUCUGUCAACCCUUCUCUACGUUUGGAUGAAGAGGGAAAUAAGGUGGAGGAUUGCAAGGAGAUGGUUAAGAAGGUUGACUGGGAUGGGGAUGGUAUUCUUGAUUUUGAUGAGUUCAAGAGGAUGAUGAAAUUCUCUUAUAGCACAAGGGAAGAAGAAGAAGAAGAAGAAGAAGAGGUUCACAAUUCUCACGGGGCACUGCACAAAUAUAAUUUCUUUCUGCUGGCCAUGCUGGGCGCUCUCCUCCAACUGAAGCACGCAGCCGCAAACAUUGCCUCUCCAUUUGUCACGAACUACGUUACUCUACUCAUUUUUAUUGUUGACUUAUUUGUUUACGUGGCCUCAUUGGUGACUGUCGAGAUGUUGGAAAACAAUCCAGAUUUGGCUGAAUUCAUGAACAACGUUAGCCUCCUGUCAGGAGUUCUUGCCUCUGCUUUACUAUUGCUGAUCCUCAUCCCGGCUCUCGGGUGGCUCACCCUCCUCUUGUGGAUCACUUAUUUUGUGAAGGACGUUGUAACUGUGAGAUCGUAUAUCAGUGUCGCUCUUCAUGUCUUUGACAGAGUGAAAGAGCUUAUGAAUAUUCAGGAGCAGAAUAAUUGUGAUGAACAAGAAAUUAGAAUGGAGGAGGGGCAGAAUGGGCCACCUCGCUGA